CUCUUCCUGCUUCGCAUAAAUGUCUCUUGCAGGAUCUGGCACAAAGGCUGGCCUCUCGGGCUGUGCGCAUUGAAUUGUCGGUGGAAGAAGGAGCAACUGGUCAGAGGCACGGGAAUGAGGGCUUCUUUCCGCCGGCGGAAGGGAGCAUUUGGGCGCAGCUCGUUGCGGGGUUUCAGAAGCCGCUAUGAAUCCAGGGCGGUCUCCGUAUUGCUUGCGGGAGCGGAGGUCGCCGCGGCGCUUGCGUUGCGAUGCGUCGAGCCCGGAAUCAGACACUGAUGACAUCCUGCGGGACAAAUUCAGGCCCUGCUAUGUGGAGCCUUGGAUUGUGAAUCUUCUGUUGGAGUACAAUGAAUCAGAAGAAAAGCCAGAAGCUCAAUAUGGGCAAGUCGUAAAGGUUUUGAAUGAGGCAAGCCGUCACCGUCAAGAUGGGCAGGACCUAGCAGCUGUUGUGUACAUUGCAGAUGGGCGUCACUACAUCCACACGGUUGUUCCAGUUAGAGCCAUUCAGACGGCAAAAGACUUUCCUCCAAAGUCUGGGUUUUCCAGUAUUAUGGGCCAGUUCAUUGUCCUCCAGAAUUUUAGGGUGUGUGUUAAAGAGGCAGCCAAAGAGGAAGACAGUGGAUUCUACUUCAGACUUGAUUCUUUCUAUGUCACAACCAUGAAGAGAUGUGCAACAAGGCAGCAGGACUGCAAUCGGGAGCCAUCAGUGCUGCAGAAGAUAAAGGAACUGUGGCUAAGAGGCCUUUCUCUGCAGCCUUUGCCCAGCACAGAGCCAUCAUCGCUUUCUGAAGUACUGGGAGAAAUGAAGCAGGAUAAGCUCAGCAUCUUAAAACAAAAUGUUGAGGAUUGCUUCAGUUCAUUGGAUCCCAGCAGCCCAUUGAAUUCUGAGCAACUAGCUGUAUAUCCUGACACCAAAUGGCAGGCAGAACGCAAGCAAGAUAAGAUGCAGGGCCGGGACAUUUUUACAGUCCCUGGCAAACUCCUGGUGAUUGGUGAAGAAGAGGAGGCAACAUUUUCCAGGGCCUAUCCACCAAAGCCUUCUCACGUUGCUUCUGAUAAUGAAAGCAGUUCAGAUGAGGAUCACAGCACUGUAUCAUUUGUCAGUGCAGAAGCUGAAACUGUUGAUGGCUCCUUGGAAAACCCUUGGGACAUAUUUCCAGGGAUGACUUUGACCUCUUCCAAGGAAAUGUCAGACACGCAGCCCAGCCUUCCCAAUGCGCAGCAGAUGCUCCUGGCUAGCACUGCCGAGGUAGAGGAAGCCACAAGCUCCAGUAGCUGCACUCCAGAUGGCCUGCAGUCUUGUGAUCCUGCGCCUCACUGUAGUUUUGCUCAGGUUGAACCAGUGAAGGUCACCUCCCCAUCGCUGCUUCCUCCUUACAAAGAAAGUGCCAAUCAGGAAUCAAGAUCCAAAGCGCUAAACAGGGCACAUAAUACCAGCAUAAUAUCAGAUACUGAUGGGAGCAUUCCCUGUGACCAGCCAUUGAACAACUCACAUUCCCAUGCCAGUGUGCAUGGCCUCUCUCCUGUCUGCCCCACCAUUAGGAGCAACUUCCUUUCUAAGACUUCAGCUGGAGAUGUGGAAGAAAAUCAUCCAGUGCAUUUACAAAGGGAGACGGUGGUGUUGAGAGGAGCUGGAGAAAAAUCCAGAGAGACCUGCAGGAAAUGGGGACAAGCUAAAAGAAAACAGCUGACACCAGAUGAGGAGCAAUCUAUUGAAACUAUCAGCUGCAAAGCCCAAGACUUGCCUUCCGCAACAGUCUUUCCAAAAUCCAGUCGUUUAGAUAGAAAGGAAGUGGCUUGGAAGCCGCCUUUGAAAUUUGUUACAGAGAGCACACCCAAGAAAAGCCGGAUCGAUGACACCCUUGGCCAGCCACUUCAGGCAUCUGCUCAGUCCAGAUGUUCCACGAGGCACCUAGAAAAGCUGAAGGAGCGGACAGCUGAUUUCUGUGGGGGCCAGCUUGGAGCUCAACAACAGGAGCGUGUGAGGAGAACCGUUUCUCAUCAUGUAUAUCAGCCAGCAACAGCUGAACUUUGCUCCCAAGUACAUUCGACAAGGAUCUCGAAAGCACUGCUUGGAUGGGCACGCUGGGUUUGCAGGAACAGGCAGAAGCUGUAGUCUUGAAUGAAGCUUUUCGGGCCACUAGGGCUAGACAAAUACCUAUACUUUACUUUAAAGAUGUUAAUUUAAUGUUAAUCAGUCAUGAUACUUGAUACUGACUCUAAUGAAACCUAAGGAAAGAAAAUGAAUUCAUUUCAUUGUCUCAUCCAAGGGUUCUGUUUCCAAGAGAAGGCAGCUUUCCUAGGGGCUGAUUGGAUAGCAUUGUUGUCUAUGCGCACCCACCCCCACCCGCUUUUAACAAGUUCACCUAAAGAAAUAGGUAACAAAGAGAAGCCUAGUCAAUUUCUAGUUCUUUAUAUAUUGAAAAACAAAAAUGUGGAAGCAUAAGGGAAGUCCCUAUAUUUUAUUUCCUAUCCAGAUAGACUUUUCUUUUAAAAACCAUGGCUGGACCAUAUCCUUAGAAAUCCAGUCUUUCUCCACAGAUUGGCCAGAACAUAUCACCAUUUGGGCUUUCAAUAUAUGAUUCAGGUGACUUGUUUGUAAUGUGUAUUUUAAAAGCUGUGGUCACAGGCCAUAUGGCGAUAUGAAUUGCUCCACAAGGGUCACAAAACAGACAUGUACAAUAUUUCAAAUUAUCUCGAGAUAUUGCAUCUUCUCUGUCCCCAAGAUAAACCUACUCAUAUUAUUAAAUGACUGUCUUCUGUGCUCUCUAAUUUGAGCACUACCCAUUCCAUUUUGCUAGUAUCCCAGAACCAUAUUUUUUGGCCACAGGCUACAACUGAGUGGGGAUUUGUUGUGGAGAACAAUCCACAACUCACACUUACCCUGCAGCUUGUCCCAUUUAUAUGAUUACAAUCAUUUUUUGGGGGGUGGGGGGGUGGGCUUGGAAUAGAAGACUUCCUGCCUCCUGAAAAGUGCUGUGCAAGUUUAAUAAUUUUUUUCUGGCUUUCAGAGUUGUAUGAUUUGUUUCCCACUGAGGCGUUCUGUAAGAGCUGUAGAAUUAUCAGGGAAGUAGCAGCCCUGCUGGACUUAUUUAUGGUCAAGAAUAUUUUCUUGUGCUGAUGCAAGAGUAGAGCUUUAAUUGUUUUAAUCAUCUCCCCGUUUCAUUUAAUUACAAAAUAUUUCAUUUUGCUUACAUGCGUGAUAGAACGUUCUGGAGAGUAAAACAAAAUUAGAAAAACAACACCGCUCUCAUAGAAAAUAGACUUGUGCACCCUCUUUCCAAACUUGAACAUAAGUCAAAUGGGGGUGGAGACUGAAAUUAAAGGGGG